GGUUGGUUUGGGGAUGUACCCCUGCUGAAGUGACAAAGAUCUCCCAUAUGAUACCCUGAGGUGCCUUUGAGGAAAGCUCUCUGGACCUCCUAUGGGCCGAUGGAGAAGUGGGUUGCCCCCACCCUCUGUCCUCAGCUGAGAUUAUGGUGGAUUUUGGACACGGCCCAAGCCUGGGCUUCCUGCCACUGACCCAGCCCAUGAGGCAUUAGCAAGAGCCCUGCGCCCCCCGUGCUCCAGAGACCCCCUCCUGCCAGGGGCCUGCUGCUGGCGAGUGACUAUGCGGCUUGGGCUGUGUGUGGUGGCCCUGGUUCUGAGCUGGAUGCACCUCGCCUCCGCUGGCAGCCGAGGGCUCAAGGGGAAGAGGCAGAGGCGCAUCAGCGCUGAGGGGAGUCAGGCCUGCGCCAAGGGCUGUGAACUCUGCUCCGAGGUCAACGGCUGCCUCAAGUGCUCGCCCAAGCUGUUCAUCCUGCUGGAGAGGAACGACAUCCGCCAGGUGGGCGUCUGCUUGCCGUCCUGCCCACCUGGAUACUUCGAUGCCCGCAACCCCGACAUGAACAAGUGCAUCAAAUGCAAGAUCGAGCACUGCGAGGCCUGCUUCAGCCACAACUUCUGCACCAAGUGUAAGGAGAACUUGUACCUGCACAAGGGCCGCUGCUACCCGGCCUGCCCCGAGGGCUCUGCAGCGCCCAACAGCACCAUGGAGUGCAGCAGUCCGGCACAAUGUGAAAUGAGCGAGUGGUCCCCAUGGGGUCCAUGCUCCAAGAAGAAGAAGCUCUGUGGUUUCCGGAAGGGCUCUGAGGAGCGGACGCGGAGGGUGCUCCAUGCCUCUGGGGGGGACCUCGCCCCCUGCACCGACAUCAAGGAGACCCGGAGGUGCACAGUGCGGAGGACGCCCUGUUCUGAAGGGCAGAAGAGGAGGAAAGGCGGCCAGGGCCGGCGGGAGAAGGCCAGCAGGAACCUGAGCAGGAAGGAGAGCAAUGAGGCGGGCGCUGCCAGGAGACGCAAGGGCCAGCAGCCGCCACCGCAGCAAGGGACAGUGGGGCCCGUCACGUCUGCGGGGCCCACCUAGGGACACUGUGCAGCCUCCAGGCCCAUGCAGAAAAAGCCCAGCGCUGCUCUGUGUGAUGAAAGCCUCCCUGACGUGGAGUGCCAAGGGCCACGCACACGCAGCCCACAUGCAUGCACCGCACAGACCCCAUGUCUCACAUGCGACCAGCAAACAUGCACACACGUGUGCACGCACAUUCUCAAGGCCACGGGAGUACACUUCUGUUCCUCGGACAUCAGCGUGGGAGAGGACGGGGAGGCAGCGGGGUCCUCUGGCCGGCAGAGGACCC